AUGAAGCUUGGUUUGCUACUGAAAUCGACUGAAGUAUUGACGAAAAACGAUCAUAUUCAACAUUUAACAAUUGAUCUUGGCCGCACUAGUGAUAUUCUAAUUAUAUUUGAUCAUUUUCCAUCAUUACAGUAUUUGAAUAUUUCCACGCUCAAACCAUUUAUGAAUAUUGAUUUUGGUGAAGAUAUAGUUCAUGGGACAUAUGAUUUUGACAGUCUACCAUUGAAAUUACCACAGUUAAGAGAUUUUACUUUAAAAGCUUACUGUGGUUUAAUUGAUUAUAAAAUAUUUGAGAAGAUUAUUAAAAAUCUCGUAUAUUUAAAUAAAUUGAGUGUUUUUUACACUAGACAUGAUUUAUCGUCAUACAUUUCUGGUGAUAGAAUUGAUCAUACGUUAUCUAAUCUUACAAAUUUGAAAGAGUUAUAUUUUUGCAUUAUGUUCCCAUUGGAAGUGCCAUCUGAUCGAAUAGCAAUAGAAAAAUCAUUCUUUGAUACUAGAAUGAAGUGGAAUAUCUGUUUUAAUAUAGACGAACUAUGUAACGUGUGUACGAUUUAUACAUUACCAUGGCUAGACACUCAAAUGGAAGGAUUCAAUUUGUUUAUGCCAAAAGUAUCCUACGAUGAUCAAAACGAUUACUCGAAUGUCAAAGACUUGGAAGUUUGUUGGUCAUGUCCUCAUGUAACAUCGUUCACUGACGUUUCUCAAAUUCUAAUAAGAAACUUCCCAAGUGUGAAUACGAUUACUAUUAGUAAUAAAUGUAAAAAUGUUGAAAGAAGUAAAACGUUUUCCGUGAAUUCAACGCUAAAGUGUGUCAAAACAUUAUACAUCGAACAAGACGUAUUGUACUUUGAUCAAAUCUUACUAUUAACGACGAAUCUACAAUAUUUAUCGAUUGAUGUCAAACAUUUUCACAUCAAUAUCAGCGAUACUGCUUCACUUGACAUAAUAAGAAACACAUUGAACAACAUUAUCGAAUUGAAUUUACAUGGUGUUCGUCGAUUAGUAGAUGUGAAAAAUCUUCUAACAAACUACUUUCAAAAUAUCCACUCUUUAGCGAUCGAGACAUCCUUGCACUCAGAUAAUGAUCCAAGCGAUGAAUGUAUUCGAUUGUUUUGUCAAACUAUAAUGGAAAUGAAAAAAUUAUACACUAUCCAUUUUUUCCUGUACAAUAACAUAGAUCUUUUACUGAGCAUGUACAAAAUAUUUGCUGAAUAUGAACAUUGCUUAGUUGAAACAUUUAUGGGACAGAUCAUUGUGUGGAAAUAAUAGCGAACUUUCGAUUAAAUUAGCACAUUUUGUACAAUAACUAAAUCCGUGUUCAUGCGUGUAACUUCGAUUGCUUUUAUUUGGACGAUUGUUGAGAAAAACUCUUUUGAGAAGGUAUUAUGUCAUCUUUAUUUAGUCAAAAACAAGAUGACAUCUUUGGAUUUAAUUCUUGUUAUAGCGCAUACUCUUAUUAGCUGAC